AAGCGCGAUAGAGAGAGAGAGAGAGAGAGAGAGAGAGAAGAUUUUCUCUCCCGAGAAAAUGAGAGAAAAUCACUGAGAAAAUUGCAGACGGAAGAGGCGAAAAGCUGCGCGGAAGACGAAGCCGAGUUCCUCUCUGGAUUGUGUAUUUGUAUAAUCUGUUGUGGCGGUUUUGGUUUUGGUUUUGGGUAUUUUGGAAGGAAUCUGCGUUUCUUUCGGUUUUCUUCUGCCAUGAGGAUCCGGAAGAACGCGAAGUUAUCGCCACUGUUGUUUUUGGCUGUGGAGUCGGUUCCUGAGGUUCAUCUUCAGACGCACGUUUGUCAGUUGAACCAGUCGCCAUGGGAUGUGAUUCCUCUCCACCAACACGCCACGAACCAGCUCGAGGAGGCUGAAGAUAGCUUCGUCGAAAAUGCUAGCUUAGGCGAUUCCAUCGGAGCGGUCGAUAGCGUCGCGUCGAUGGAGGGGUCAGCGAAAUUUUCGAACAAUAAUAUAAUUAUUACGGACGAGAGUGAAGUAAUGGCAGACAAGGAUGGGGAUAAUCGUGAAGAUUUGGAUGAAAAUGGAGACGGAUUCGAGAAAUUAGUCGAUAGCAGUUGGAAAUGUAAGAAACAAAUUAGAGAGGAAGAUUAUUCUUCGUUUAGUCCCGACCACCACCGCCACCGUACACUUCCUAGGUCUAGUGAGAAUAAUUAUUAUCCUACUCCCAAUAAUUGCUCACGUACGAAGAAAUCCGCCACCGGAGAUACGGCCUGGCGGCUAACGCGGCCGGCGAGGGUUUCGAAGAAGGCGGUUAGUGCGGCGGUGGUCGGUGGAUCGAAUCCGUACGAGUUUUACUAUUAUUCUGGAUUCGGGCCACAAUGGGGGAAGAAGAGACGGGAGAGAGGGGGAGGGUCGAGCGAAAAUACGAUGGGAAUUCGGAGCAAUGCAACGACGCCGUCUGAAAUUAACAGCGCGGAUUUGGAUUAUGUGGAAGAGGAGGACGACGACGACGAUGAGGAGGAGGAGGACGGGGAAGGCGACGGCGGGAAGAAGCGAAUGAGGAAGCCGGUGAAAGCGCGGUCGUUGAAGUCGCUGAUGUGAAGGAAGAAUGAAAUGGAAAUGGAAUUGGAAUUGGAAUUGCGAUUGGAAUUUGAAUUUGGAAUUUGGUUUUGGUGGUGGGAAAUUUUUAUCGAGGGCUUCUCAAUUGUUUGUUAGGGUUGAAGGAUUUUCUUUUUCUUUUUUAUUUUUAUUGUGUAACAUAUUAUUAGUAUUAUUAUUAUUAUUAUUAUUUUAAUUACUUUUAAUUUUGAUAUGUUAUUCUCUGCGUAAUCCACGAUGAUGCUGUCUGUUUUGUGGCAUUGCGUGGCGGGGUGGGUGAGUUUAGCGUAGCUCAUGAACGUGGACAGCAGGAGAUUUCAUAGGGUGGGUUUUAGGGAGACCGAGACAUUGUGUUUAGUCAA